AUGACUGCAACAAUACUCAAUGAUGUAUUUAAAUUAGCACAUAUAGAAUGUGCAAAGACACCAACUCCAUUAAAAGCAGUUCAAGAUCGCUCCAAAUGUUUAAGGAGUAUUAAAUGUGUAUUGGAUCAAUAUCUUAAUGAAGAUAUUAGUAAUGGAGCAGUUCAUGAUUCAAAAAUUCUUGGUGCUCACUUAGUUGGUGAGUUUUUCUUAAUGACAUUAUAG